UCGAGCUGCUUGAGAGUCUCAAGCUCAACAACAAUCGAUUGUUUACCUUACAUCCGGGCACAUUCGAGCCGCUCAAGAAACUCACUAGCAUCGAGUUGCACGAUAACCCGUGGACCUGCGACUGCCACUUGCGUGAGAUGAAAAUGUGGCUCGUCAAGCAUAACGUGCCGACCCUCGUGGCGCCUGUAUGCAAAGGCCCUCAACAGUUGCUCGAUCGUGCCUUCACCGACCUCGAUAUAGACGACUUCGCCUGCCGGCCGGUUCUGUUAAUAGCCAGCCGUUACGCCGAGGCGACCAUCGGCGAGAAUGCCAGUAUCGAGUGCCGCGUGAGCGCGAUACCACCUGCGAAGGUCAAGUGGUAUUGGAACGGCCGGUUGCUGGCGAAUCACUCGGCAUUCAGCAGUUAUCAAAAGAUUCUCAUCUUCGAGGAGGGCCAAUUCAGGAAGAGGAGCACUCUUGUCCUUACCAACGCCCAGGAGGCGGAUUCGAGCGAAUUUUACUGCGUCGCCGAAAACCGCGCCGGUAGCGUCGAGGCCAAUUUCACCUUGCACGUGUCCCUAAGAACCGCGGGUAUGUCGACUCUGGGCUCGGGCCAGAUCGCGGGUAUAUCGGCCGCGUUAGUCGUGCUCAUAUUAAUCAUCCUGCUGAUCAUUCUCGUGCUAUUCGUGCGCCUGCGACGAAUGCCGCUGAAGGACGUCAAGUCAUCGGCGGCGAUGGAGGCAACAUCCGGUGAUGGUACCGGCAACGGCAGCGCAGGCGACAACAAUCUACCGUCCGCUACAUCGACCACUCGCAGGAAGCACGAGGAGAUCGAGACAACGUCGUUCGCCUUGGAGUCGAAGCCUCCCGCCUCGUUACACUUGAGUUACGUGCAGAGACCGCAAGCGGCUGUGGUGCAGGAGACUGAAUACAGUACCAUCAGCCGUUUCGACGAUCAGAAUCAGUCCGGCGUGGCGGCGAUACCGGGCGCCGGGUGUUUCUCAUCUACGACGUCCCUGAUGCCGAUCGAUAAUCCGGAUCUCAUCAGGGACACCCGGCGUGGCUCCGCCGAGGACAUUGCGUCUUACGGCGUCGCCGAUUACAGCCGCGUCGGGACGAUGGAUGACGCUGGCAAGAUGCUUUACUCCAGCUGCCUGUGGGAGGUCAGGGACACCACCUGCGGCAGGACGUCCACCGUCCCGGUGAACGCGUAUCCGUCGAAGGAACAGCUCGCGGUGGUCGCGGCGCCAAUUGUCGAGCAGUUCCCACCCGGCGCGAAGCAGAUGCGUGUCUGGCAGAAGGGCGUCCCGGUGCUGCCGCCGGUCUCAGCGUUAAAACGCGUCCUUGGAUCCACGCGCAGCUCACCUGACGAGGGCUACCAGGAGGGAACCGGCACCGAUGUCUAGGUACCGCUACUUCAUUACUGCGACGCCCGGCACCGUUACCUGGAACUGCGUAGGAGGCAUCAGGAGGACGACACCGAUUGCUAAAAGAAAAAAAAAGAAAAAAA